AUGGUAAUGAUCAAGGUCAGAGAACAGGUCAAGGAGCAGGGAACAGGUCAGGGAACAAGUCAAGGAACAGGACAGGGAACAAAUCAAGGAAUAGGUCAGGGAACAAGUGUUGCUUAUACUGUCACUUCUGAUGGGCUUAAUAAUUCCAAUGCAUCUCAAAUGAAUUUUGGUGAAAACUCUUCCAAUGACAAUGGGAAUGAAGCGUGUAGAAAUGGUGGAGGUUCAAGAAGGAAUGCCAAAAGAAAGAAGCGCUCCAUUCCUGUAAAUGGGAGCUCUUCUACUAACGAAGCCCAUGAUUGGAGUGAUGAUGUUAACUUUGAUGAAAGAGAGGAUGUUCGUGCUAUUGAUUCUGAAGGAAAUGUGCAGUUAUGGAGUGGUUCUAUACAGCCACAUGAUGUGUGGUUUCUUGAAAAAGGAGUCAGAUUUGAAGUUACAUUCAACGGAUUUUGCCAACCAAUUAGAAAGGGUGGAUCAAUUCUUGUGAAAUUCAUUUCAAGUAUCGCAAAGAAAGAUGAUAUUUGUCCUAUAAGAGAUGUAAAUUGGCGAAAUGUGAAUAAAACAAUACUAGGCCAGGAAGAAUUGUUCCAAGGUACUAUGUUAUAA